CUGUUUAGACUAGCUUGUCCGAGGCUUUAAAAGACGUUGGGACGUUCUCUGAAACGAAGGUAUUUUGCAAACCCUGAGGUAUCUUUUUCCAUUGAGGCACACAUCAAAAGGCAGUUAUCAUGGUCCGGGAAGUGAAGGAUUUAGCAGAUUUCGAGUCCAUCCUGAAGGAGGCUGGAAACAAGCUGGUGGUGGUGGACUUCACAGCUACAUGGUGCGGUCCCUGCAAACAAAUUGCCCCAGAGUUUAUUAAACUGUCGGAGGUGCCUGAAAACAAGGAGGUGGUUUUCUUGAAAGUGGACGUAGAUGAGGCUGAAGAUGUGAGCAGUCAGUGCAAAAUUUCAUGCAUGCCUACAUUCCAAUUCUACAAGAAUGGUGCGAAGGUGUUUGAGUUCUCUGGAGCCAACCUGGCAACACUAAAGUCCAAACUUGAAGAGCUGAGAUAGACGCCGAAAUCCUCCUGACCAAUCCACACACGACCACACUGUACAAAGCCUCCAGUAGAAGCUGUUACCCUCUAAACACAUCGGAGAGGAUCCCCUCUUGAAUUUCAUGUAAUCAUAAUGUCCGCUGUCCCAUUUCAGCUAUAACUUAUGUUCCACCGUUUAUGUAACGACCCCGUGGUCCUGUUUAAUUCAGUAUGUCUCGACUGUCUUUUAGACUGAGCUUCAGCUAGAUUCCAAAAUGACUGACUAAACAUGUCUGUAUGUUUAAAAAAAAAAAAAAGGUGGAUUUAAUAAACGGUGAAUCAAUAAU